CAGCCGCGAAGAUGAAGUUGGAGCUGUGCAGCUUUAGCAGCUACAAGAUCCACGCGGGUCACGGCCGCCGACUCGUCCGAGUCGACGGCAAGACCUUCUACUUCUUGGGUAGCAAGGUCGAGUCGCUCUUCCUGCAGCGCAAGAACCCCCGCAAGAUCGCGUGGACUGUUCUGUACCGCCGCAAGCACCGCAAGGGUCUUUCGGAGGAGACCACCAAGCGCCGUACUCGCCGCACUCAGAAGUUCCAGCGCGCUAUCGAGGGCGUCUCGGAGGAGAAGCUGCGUGAGCUGCGCCAGCAGAAGCCCGAGGUCCGCGCUGCCGCUCGCCAGCAGGCUGCUCGUGCCGCUAAGGAGAAGAAGCAGACUCAGAAGAAGGUUGCCACCAAGAAGCCCAAGGCUAACGCUCAGGCCGUGGCUUCCUUCAAGGCCGUCAAGAACGUGCCCAAGAAGCUCAACCGCAGCACUGGCCGAUAAGCCCAUUGUUGUUGGGAGAAGCAGGCUGUGGCUCUCUUAAUUGAUGGCUCAUCUUUGAUACC